AUGAUGGACAGUAGGAUGCUGGAGCACCCGCGCGCGCAGUACGGUAUGGCCGGUGUCGGUUUCCCGUACCACCUCAGCCACCACCACCGCCAUGUCUACGACAUCACCGGACACCAGAUGCAGACUGUUGCUCCUUUUUCUAUAGACGGAUUAUUAAACGGCUCCUGCUCGGCCUCCGUAGUCAGCUCCAGUCCUCUGCUCGCGACCGGGUGCGCCGUUAAUGCGGACAAUCAGGCGUACAAACUCACCGAUGCUGGAGAUCUGGAGAAAGAGAGUCCUGGCUGUAAACGGAGACGAACCCGGACAAACUUCACCGGCUGGCAGCUGGAAGAGCUCGAGAAAGCGUUUACUGAGAGCCACUAUCCAGAUGUGUUCAUGCGCGAGGCGCUCGCGCUCCGUCUGGAUCUGGUCGAGUCACGUGUGCAGGUCUGGUUUCAGAAUCGGAGAGCCAAAUGGAGGAAGAAGGAGAACACGAAAAAAGGUCCUGGUAGACCGGCGCACAACUCUCACCCCACCACGUGCAGCGGAGAGCCCAUGGACCCGGAAGAGAUCGCACGGCGCGAGCUACAGCGCCUCGAGAAGAAGAAACGCAAACAAGAACGGAAGCUGCUGAAAUCCCAGAACAAGUUCUUGCCCUCUGAGCUGCUCCACACACCGGGUUCCGACAGCGACGUGUCUCAGAGCACCGACAACGAAUCUGCACAACGCCCCACGUCCAGCGCACACACGCGCCAACCCGAGCCCAUCCCCGACCCCGACCCCGACCCCGACGCACACACCCGGAACCUGGCCCUGUGUCCCGGUGCCAAUUUCACACGCCCUUCCUCCUUACACAAGCUCAACCCUUUCAGUGUGGAGAGCUUGCUCGCUGACUCCAGUCCCAAACGGAAGCCGGCGCCAUUUUCUUCCGAUUUUCCUCAAACACCUGUCGUCGGUAAAGGUCACUUCCUGUUGUACCCCAUCACGCAGCCUUUGGGUUUUAUUGUCCCGCAAAAAAACAGUGACUCCAGUGCAGACAGCACACACUGCCCCGAGGCUAAAAGACCGAAAAGCGAUCAGCUUUCACUUGGAGCACAUCACACACACACCACACACACCACACCCUGCGGCCAGGAAGAGAAGUCAGACGCAGAUAUAAAGAGUGAAGGAGCGAAAGAGUGA